UUGUUAAACGUAUAACUUGACCUCUAAUCAACUCAGUGAGAAACUACGAUAAUAAUCAGCUGUUUGCGACUCUUAUAAGAUUCUGUUCAUGAUAAAAUGUCAUAACAGAUCGUUCAACAGAAAAUCUACACAAAAUUAACAAUUUUCGGCAAUGGCAACUAAAUCGUUAGCGACAGCCACAGUGCGCGCUGUGAAACACCGCAAAUUAUUACCGACAAGAGCCGCUUUAGUACUGACACAAUCGGCUGUUAACCGAGUAAAAGAAAUCCUACAGGGACGUAAUGAUGCUAUUGGGCUAAAAAUUGGUGUGCGACAAAGAGGCUGUAAUGGAUUAUCAUACACAUUGGAUUAUGCUAUAACCAAAGAUAAACUGGAUGAGGAAGUAGUACAAGAUGGAAUUCGUGUGAUAAUUGAUAAGAAGGCACAGUUAACUUUACUAGGCACUGAAAUGGAUUAUGUGAGGAGUAAACUCAGCUCUGAAUUUGUUUUUAAUAAUCCAAAUAUUAAAGGUACAUGUGGGUGUGGUGAGUCUUUUAAUAUAUAGAAGAACAAAGUAGCUCACAAUGAAAAUUUGAAGACAGUGUGUAUAUAAGUAGAUAAAUUAUUUAAAACACAGUAAGGAUGUGUGUGAAUGAUGAAAUGAUGCUUAAACUGAUAAAAUCACAUAAUUAUAUUUAAAUAUCUCAAGUAAAAUAGUAAAAAAUAUUAAUUAUGUUACCAACCAGCGUUGUUUUACGUAGUAAAUAAAUAUUUUAGUUAAAAA